UGCAAAGGGUCGGACACAACUGAGUGACUGAACUGAACUGAAUGCUACUACAGAGGAAUAUUUUCUUCAAAACUUUCAGCUAGGAAUAAACAAGAACAAGCAAAUAAUUGCAGAGUAAUGAAAUAUUUCUAAGUUUAAAAUAACAUAAAUUUAGGAACUAAAAUAGAAGAAAGAGAAAUAAGUUUCUGGAAUGCCAGGAAACAACGAGUAAGCCUGAAUCAUGGAAGACAUGGCUGGAGCAGAAGCUUUGAAAAAGCAGGGUAAUGCAGGAGAAACAGAGAAAUAGUCAUCCAAGGCACGUCUGUCCUUUAUCUCUAUGAAGAGCAGAAUCUGAGAAUCACUGGAAUAGAAGACUGAGGAAUGAUGGAGAGGGAGAACAGCACUGAGGUGACAGAAUUCAUCCUACUUGGUCUGACCCAGUCUCAAGAUGUUCAGCUCCUGGUCUUCACACUAGUCUUAAUUUUCUACCUCAUCAUCCUCCCUGGAAAUUUCCUCAUCAUCCUCACCAUCAGGUCAGACCCCGGCCUCACGGCCCCCCUCUACUUCUUCCUGGGCAACCUGGCCUUCCUGGAUGCAUCCUACUCCUUCAUUGUGGCUCCCAGGAUGCUGGUGGACUUCCUCUCUGACAAGAAGGUGAUCUCCUAUAGAGGCUGCAUCACUCAGCUGUUUUUCUUGCACUUUCUGGGGGCAGGGGAGAUGUUCCUUCUUGUUGUGAUGGCCUUUGACCGCUACAUUGCCAUCUGUCGUCCUUUACACUAUUCGACUGUCAUGAACCCUAGAGCCUGCUAUGCCUUGCUGUUGGCUCUGUGGCUUGGGGGAUUUACUCAUUCCAUUGUUCAAGUGGCUCUCAUUAUCCACUUGCCCUUCUGUGGUCCAAACCGACUGGACAACUUCUUCUGCGACGUGCCACAGGUCAUCAAGCUGGCCUGCACGGACACCUUUGUGGUGGAGCUCCUGAUGGUCUCCAACAGUGGCCUGCUCACCCUGCUGUGCUUUCUGGGCCUUCUGGCCUCCUAUGCAGUCAUCCUCUGCCGUGUAAAGGGGCACUCCUCUGAGGGGAAGAGCAAGGCGCUGUCCACGUGCACCACACACAUUAUCAUCGUGUUUCUCAUGUUUGGACCUGCCAUCUUCAUCUACACCCGCCCCUUCAGAGCCUUCCCAGCUGACAAAGUGGUUUCUCUCUUUCACACCGUAAUCUUUCCUUUGAUGAACCCUGUGAUUUAUACCCUUCGCAAUCAGGAAGUAAAGGCUUCCAUGAGGAAGUUGUUGAGUCAUCACAUGGUUUGCUGAAUGCAAUGGAAAGACUGGAAAACCAAGGAGGGGAGUAAGUUCAUUUGAAAUUAAAUAAGUUAUUUAUGCAUUAAUGCACAGAAUCAAUCAAUCAUUUAGCAAAUAAUGUAUUUAUUAGACCCUUUCAGGUUUCAGGCUUUAUUCUAAGUAUAUGAACAGGACAGGUAAGAUUCCAGAUCUGCUGGGACUAUAUUUGAGUGGAUAAAGAUAGGUUAUACUAUUAAACUGAAAAAAAAAAA